ACACCCUCCCGCGCGCAGGACGCGGUGCUACUCAGUGCCCGCCCCAACGCGGAAAUACCCUUUGCGCGCAAGACACCGUGCCCCUCGGUGCCCGCGUCCCCCCGGAAACAUCGCCCGCGCGCCGCCGGGCCCGGCAUGGAGGCGGCAGGGGAGGAGGAGGUGUUGGCGUGGAUGGACCAGGCCAUGGACAUGGCUAAAGAGGCCCUGGAGAAGGGGGAGGUUCCUGUCGGCUGCCUCCUGGUUCACCACGGCGAAGUCAUUGGGAGGGGAAGGAACGAGGUCAACGAGACAAAAAACGCUACUCGACAUGCAGAAAUGGUGGCAAUCGAUCAGGUCCUUGACUGGUGCAAGCAACACAACAGAGAUUAUACAGAAGUGUUUGCCCACUCAGUAUUGUAUGUAACUGUAGAGCCUUGUAUCAUGUGUGCAGCUGCCUUGCGCUUGAUGAAAAUUCCACGUGUCGUAUACGGCUGUCGAAAUGAACGAUUUGGAGGCUGUGGCUCAGUUUUGAGCAUCUCAUCCGAUGAUAUGGUAGACUCAGGAGAACCAUUUGAAUGCAUUUCUGGCUAUCGUGCCAAAGAAGCAGUGGAAAUGUUAAAAGCUUUCUACAGACAAGAAAACCCUAAUGCACCAAAAUCAAAAGUACGGAAAAAGGACCGUCGUAAUUAGCCCCACGGUGAAGAGAGACAGAAACUUACCAAAAAAUGAUACGUGAAGGUUUUUUCAGUGUCCUUUUUUAAAAUGUACAGUCCAAUUAAAUUAUGUCUAAUGUUCUGUUUUACUAAUAAGAUACUUGAUACCUCUUUCUGCAGUUCUGUCUAUGUGAUUUCUUGUUAUCAUAUGUGACCAAGCAGAAGAGUAAUCUUUAGAAAAUCAAUUUUUAGAAAAUUAAUCUUUAGAAAGAGGAAAAUUUAUGGUUCGAGUCCACUUAUUUACAGCCAUUAAAAUCAUGCCAUUCUGUACAGCAUAUUCUAGAAUAUUUUCUUUCCUUCUGUUUGUGGAGAAGAAUCAUACUUCUUAAUAGUAAAUGUUGCUUAGGUAAAUCCAAGUAAAACUCUUGGAAGGUUACAUUUGUAAGGCCUUCACAGUCUUUGUGUUUAUAUUUAAUCAAAAGGCACAUAAAGAAUUGUACAGUCUUUGAAGAUUUAAGACCAUUGUAGCAGUUCUUCAUUGUUUUUUUACAAUCCCUCUAGCACAAGCUGAAAUUUCAGACGUAACUUCUGAAGGUCACACACAUGUGUAGACAAGUAUCUGUGCAGAAUCACAUGCCAAUGUGUGUGCUCUUGCUAAUAAGCAUAAGCCAGCAUCACUUGGCUGCACAGCAUCUUUGUACAAAGUUGUGGAGAAACUGCCCAAAGAUCUUCUGACUGUCCACUCCUCUUAUGAAUUAUUAGCAUAAGAAAUGCUUUAUCAUUAACAAUCCACUGAGAAAUUGAAAUUGUUCUCAGCUACUAAAUUAUAGUAACUGAGAUGGGCAGAUGCAUGUGAAAACCAGGAAAUGAAAUUGGUAAUAGCAUGAAGAAAAUGUCUUUGAGGUGUUUAUCUUUUCUUAGCAUGGGUUGGCUUUGUCAUUUCCUUGCACUUUGCUUGCCUGUGCAGUAAUAUAUAAUCCAGAAGAGGGCCUUACAGUUCCACUAAUGAAUUAAGAACACAAGUACAAUUCAAUCUUGAUUAUAUACCUCUUAGUGGAUACUUACCUUAAGCAUAAAACUGUUUGUCCUUUAUUUGGCUGAUAUUCAGGAAUUUGAGAAAUGCCUGAACUUUUUUUUUAAUGUAAAAGAGUGAUUAAUAUCACUACUCUAUGACUAUAAAAACUCAAUACAAUUAAACCCUUUAUAGAUAUUUCAAAUAAAUACUUUCAAAAGUGUUUUUUAAAAGAGCAUUAAAAGCAUUGUUUUGUCAUCAUUACUUAUAAUAGCUUAGAAUUUGUAUUUUGAGUAUUUACCUUUUGUUUACAAAGUGACAUAAGAAAUAAGGGUUUUUUUAACAUAAUAGCUAUUUUUAGAGUUUAGAAAUAGUGUUUCUUUGACUUAAGCUGUUUAACUGAUGCCUGUGACCUGUCCUAUUCUCCUGACUGUUACAGCACUCUAUGAGUCUUUUUCAUAAGCAAAUGAAGUUAUGACAGUGUUGGUAGAUUUCAUCAGCUUUGCAGCUGUGAGAGUCCGUGAACCAAACAGCUAAGCUGGAAAAGCUAUUUAGGAAAAGACCAUUUUUAGUGACUGCAGUGGCUUUAUUGGAAAGAAACAGUCACACCUGUGGUUAUGGUAUUUGGCUGGUGAUAUAAGAUAGCUAUUUAUCUAUACAGAUACAUACAUUGAGUUCUCAACUGGACCAUAAUUUUCUUAUACCUUGAAGAAGUCAUUGAAGUCCAAAUUAAAGGGAAAUGUUGGACUUCUGGCUCAUCCCUGAUGUCAGUGACAGUAGGAUUUGGAGCCUGCACACUGUUUUAGAUCAGGAUGUGAAUCUCUCAGCACUUCUUCUGCAGAGUGGCUAGGAAUGCUUUCUUUCUCCGCUGCCUUCUUUCAAAGAACAUGGUUAGCGUUUGGAUAGUGUGACAGUAGGAGCCACAUAAAUUAGUAGAAAGGUUGCUGGUAGUAGGACAAAACACUUUUUAAAAGCUGUGUUCAAUUCUGCAGUCCUUACAAGUGGAACAGAAAUAUUUUGUAACAGCAGUAGGUGGUAUCCUGCCACUUAGAAAGCAGUUUAAGUCCCACUGAAAGCCAAAGGAGAGUGAAGAGGGUAACAAAUAAAAUCUCUUGUGAGUGAUCAAGGGUAAUGGUCUGCAUCUUAGAAAAGGGGCAUGAAAGAGGAAUAGUGUAGGAAGCUAAAAACUAUUGUGUUAUAGAAAGAUUGUAAGAGAUGCUUCUGUUUACUAUGUCGUGUAAUGUGUGAGCAAAAAAAAACCCAUCUAGUAUUAAGGGGCGCAUGUGGAUGUGUGGAUUUUUUAAUUAUAAUAAUUAGCUUGGGGAACAAACUGCUAAAAGAUUACACUGGAAGUGAAGAUGUAGCCUAUUCUCCUUAAAAUCCUAUUACUUGUGUGAGUAAGAACAAAUGCGGAUACACAGGUAGUUUUAUAAAAGAAAGAAAUUGACUUGUGUUUGGAGACAAGCCACUCAUCAGAACCAUGGCACAGCAUCUAGACAGCAGGCACACACGGAGCCAUGUCCUCUUCUCUCCCCCUGGCAGUGCUGUCCUCCCUCCCUGCAAAUGGCCAGGCUCCCCCCAUGGUAGAAGCAGCUCUGGCGGCAGGAGCCCUCAGAGCUGUGCGCGCCUGGGGCAGUUGUCCCUGUCUGAUGUGCUGCAGCUGUUCCUAACUUUGAGUUCAUCAGCGCUGGUUAGAGUCGGAUUCACAAACUUGAGUGCUCCACAAGAAAUUACGGUGAUCCUCGGCAGAGGACUCUUAAGUUCAGGCUCAGAGAAACAUCUCCAUUGCUAAACUCAACACAGGGGCUGGAAGAAGGCAGGAGGGCAGCCAGGACAGUUAUAUCCCAGUGAGCCGACCAAUUUCAGUGCUCCAGAUCAUAAAUUAAAUUUAGCAAGAAAGAGAAUUGGAGAAUACAGAAAGAAGAAUGUGAGAAAAAGAACUGAACUGUUCUGGGAAUGCUUAUUGAGCGAGGAGCAGACAGUUGACAUGACUGUGGAGGCAUAGGCUUGGUUUGUAACUUGCUCCCAAAUAAAGUCGUGCAGCAAACCAUGCCAGAGGCACCCUGUGAAUCAAGAGCUGAUGGGUUGCACAGGCUGGAAGAAGCAUUAAUGUCUGCUUGCUGGGGACCUAGGUCUAGAACUUUGGCUCUAGCCCUACAAGAGUGUUGAGAGCAACAACUUUAAUUGUUACUGCCUAGAAAACUCGGAACAGUGGCUUAUAAAUUAUGCUAUUCCUUUUCACAGUGCUUUUAUUUAUUUUUAGCUAUUUGUGUCUCUGUUGCCACAUAGCAGGCCUCAAGGGCAACAUAAAUAUAGUCAACUGGUUUGUUUGAAGAAGUUUAAAUGCUUCACAUCACCAUUUUUGUCUUGCUGCUUGGUAAAUAAAUACAUAGAGUUUAGCAUUAGGUUUACCUUGAACUGUGUUUUUGCCAGUUCAUCAGAGGCAAGCAUGAUUUUAUUUCAGCCUUUGGUUUGCUUGUCGAUAGUCUGACAUGAAAAUAUAUUGAACCAGCUAGGAGGGCAAGGAAGCAAAACAACACAGCGUUGUCUCUGCUAAACCGAUUACAAUUGACAAUCUAAGGCUAUAAUAAAUAUGUCUUGUGACUUGCACACUAGAGGAGAGCCAGAAUUUAAAUUAUAGCUUUGGGUUUUGAAAUGCUCACCGAUCCAUUCAAUUCCCAUUAAGAGUGCCUUCCGCUCUGCGAAAUUAAGUGAUAUCUUUACAUGACAGUUUAAUUUAAUUAAUUUAUUUUUCAGUGUGUACAUUUAUGGAGUUUCUCCAUUAAGCUUUUGAAAUGUCUGUAGGUCCUAUGCAUUAAUGUAAAUGUGCCGUGGCCCAUAAUUACCUUUGGCAGGCUUAGGGCGCUGAUAAAAAGAUUAUAUUUUUCAAAACUGAAGUCUUCAAACUUCCCCAGUGCUUGGCAGGAAAUCUAUUUCUGUGUUUUAUUUGGAGCAAGGCUGGGGAGCCUGCAGCCAACAGCUCCAGUGUAGGCAGUAACUGUUACAUUUUAGAAGAAAAUACAUUUGACACUAAAUGAGAGAAGGGGAGAGGAAGACAAUUAAGGCGAGAGUACUAGAGGCAGCUGUUUAUUUGUUUUGCCUUGUGGCUUCCAAUAUUAUGCUAUCGUUAAAGUGCAUCUAGAAAUGAGGUAUUUUCUAUGAAAUUGCUUUGCAAAUGCGGCUCUUUGUCUUUUUAAGGGGCUGCCCCAAAGUGAGUUUAUCUUCCUUUUUGACAAUAGCUCUGUGCUAGCCAAGAAUGCUGGAUUCUCCCCUUGUGUCCUCGUCCUUCCUUUCUAAAAAUGAACUUUUCAGGGAAAUGAGGAGUUCGGAGAAGUUUGAAGCAGAUGGCCAACAAUGAUCCAAUAGGUUGUAAAACUUCAGUUAGGUAGUCACUUGGCAGGCAAGUACAAGUGAGCCCGGUGAUGUUUCCAUAGUGAUGUUUUCACAUGGUGACUUCCUUUUGUCUUUUUAAAAGAAACAAGUGAUUUUAAAAGAAAAAAAAUGAAGGGGUCUGUAGACAUGAAUGUUUAGUGUGGUAAAAUUAACUCUGCCCUUCCGAGGGGCAGUGCCUUGGGCUUGUUGCUGCUUUCUGGCUGAAGAGCAACGCACUGACCUCAGUUACUGUGGCACUCGUGGGGGCUGCCCGUGUUGCUGGAUAAAGCAAGGAGAACUUCUGAAAUUAGGAAGUGACUCAGAUCCUAGAACUCUUGGAUGGGAAAUUGCCUGGGCACCAAUUUUCAUGGUGUCGGGUUUUCACAUUAACGUACAAGGGAAGGCUCAUAGUGGCACUUCUCUACCCUUUGGAGCUUUUUCUGCAUGCAAGAGAGCAGUGUAAUAAAAAUUGACACUUCUCAUGACUUUC